CUUAGACCAUCAGGAAGGCAUCUUAUUAAGGCUUCCACCACAAGCACCAAUAAUUCAUCUUAAUAUGGUUAAGAAGCAUCUUUGACGCAUUUUCAGGGGGGAAAAUGGUCAAAAAUGCACUUUUUUAAGAUGAAUAUACGGAAGGUCUAAUCCUAGCAAAGUCAGUGGCAGCAGACUUCUCGAGUAUCAUGGCUUCGGAUUUCUCUUCAAUGGCUACGCUACCGAAAGCAAGAAGUUCUGCGCAAUCUGCGGUAUCCGGUCUGAGCGGUGCUGCUGCGAGCGCUUUGUUUGAGGCAAAAAAAGAAAUAGGCGGAAAAUCGCGUAGAAAGAACAUAGUCUCUCUAAUGUUGUACGUCGAGUGAGAAAACGGCUACCCGAAGUCGAAAAGUAACAGUAAGAUUGUCAGUUGUAGUAUACUGUUCGGGUGCUUCCGUCUUCUAUGAAGUGCUUUUACUUCCAGUAGAAAAGGAGGUUCAUGACAAGGAUCAAGAGGAACAUGGACAUCAUUCAGCUGCAGCAGUUCUAAUUUUUCCGGUGCCACAAGUACUCCAGGAGGUGCUGGCACAAGUAGUACUCCAGGAACCAAGGUCGGAAACGCGAAGAAACGUGUUUCAGCUUCGGAUGCGAUCUUGGAUUUGUUAAGGCUUGAUGAGAACGUGAACUUAACUGACAAUAGACAGAAAACCAGCAAGGCAAGGCCAUGUAGUACAUCCAUCCACAUCUCUUCAUCUCACAACAAUCUUUGAAAUCUUGGCGAGCUCUAAAUUUGAGAACUUUGAGUGGAAGUGCGAACAGUGUGCGACAGCUGAGUAGUGUCUCAAGAUUUGUAGAAGCGUUUCAAGAUCGAGGGUUAAGGGAGAUGUGGCAUUUUUGUGGAAAUCGGUU